AUGUCAGACUGCGAUCCGGAGCGGCCGCAUCAUGCUCCUAUACCUCCAAUCGGCGAUUUAGACGACAUAGUUGUUAUGUCGCACCUGCUAAAUCAGUCGGCCUCUCGAAUCAAGUCAAACCGCUGCGUUAACUCGAGAAUUGAUGUGCAGACAGCUUCUGCUUUAAGGGUGGUACCGGAGGCAGGAAUUGAUCGAUCACUGGUAAAGCGCUGGCUGUCCGAGUGCAUCGAACACCAUAGCGUCUGUGGGGCAGGAAAGCAUGACGGCUACGCUGCUCUGCUCUUCAUCGACGUUCGACGAAAAUGUCUGGUCUUGACGACCAACGCAGGUUACUUUGCAUUGUCAUAUGUUUGGGGUAAAACAGAACAAUUUCUACUCAAGCAGGAAAACAUCGUCGAGCUAAGCGAAGAUGGCGCAUUGCAUAAACACUGGGACAAGCUUGCAAAUGUGUUGAAAGACGCGAUUACCUUCGUUGAUAAUCUAUCAGAACAAUAUCUCUGGGUCGAUACACUCUGUAUCAUCCAGGAUAGCCCCGGUCGUCACACAUUUCUGUCUCGCAUGAACGAGGUCUAUCGAGCAGCCACUAAGAAGCAGGAGAACUCGGACUAUCGGUCGCACUUCGAGCAACAGGUCUACUUUCAAUGCCAGGAAUCGAUAUGGAGUAAGGACCGUUUCGAGGAUAUUGAGCAAGACUUUGACCUCGAGGGAGCAUAUCCAUCACUUCAAUGGAUGGGGCAUUUUGCUAUGGCGUUGGAGUGUUCUAAGUUCUCCGCAUAUGCUCAGCUUGUUACACAGUACAGUAAGAGAGAAUUGUCAUACCCAACAGAUCGCCUGAAUGCUUUCUCUGGGAUCAUCAGCAGCUUGGACAAAGCCUGGAAAUGGAAGCUCUUCGCAGGGAUGCCUUCAAAUUCCCUAGACCAAGCACUCCUGUGGGGGCCUACAGCCGCGUGCUACCGUGUACAAUCUACAAAAAUGGAGCAAUAUCUGCCCAGUUGGCCAUGGGCCGGAUGUACUGGCAAAGUGCAGUUCAGUGAGUUUGCUUCCACACAUAAAGCGCAGAUCUGGAGAUUCAUCAUUACGACUGUGAAUGGUGCUGUCGAUAUACAGCUUCCUGAUGGUGAUAAACCAUACGCAAUAGUGGAGACGACAAAACGAAUAAUCCCCAAGAACGUAGCAGACGAUACUCACCUGACGUCUGUUAGCUACCAGCUUAAAGACAUGCCCAACCUUCUCAUGUUCCAUACAGAGGUGAUAUGGAGAGAAGAUUUGAAGAAAGAGGACGUUGUUCAGUUGGAUGACGCCUACCAUAUCUAUGCCACUGUGAAAAGAAAGAUCAACUCGUAA